CCCUCCCACCCCUCCCCCCCCACCUUUUCCCCUUAAAGGGCUGAAAUUAGUUUGUUGGAGAAAUGUCUUCUGAGUCAGAAAAGGGUAAAGAGAGACUGAUUCAAGCCGCCAAACUAUUCUCCUGCCACAUACAAGACCUGGUUUCCUUCAUAAAUAGGUUCAUUGAGUUAUUUAACCUCACCAUGAAGACUCAGAUCCUCCCCAUGAGUCUGAAUGAAGAGAGCUGCAUUAAGGAUUUCCUUAAACAGAUGAUCGAAACCUUUAAAGAGAUGCAGCAGAUGGCAGAUGUAAAGCAGAAAGAAAUGCACAAGGAGCCUUUGUGUUCCAAGGUGGUGACGGAGGUGACCUCUGCAGGGGGGAAGUGUGCCAAUAUUAGUCCACACCACAUGGCGGAAGAAAUGCUCAAAACCAUCCAGACAUCAGGUGCUGCCUUGGUCCCGAAAACCAGUCACAUUCUUAGGAGUCUAGAAACUUCUCUCUCACUCCUGAUGCAGUUCCCCAUCAUGGGUCUUCGAUUAAGUGACUUCCAUAGUGAGGAGACCAAAGAACAGCCAGAUGCCACCACACCUGAGAAAAGCAGGAGUCCAGAAUGUCCCAAAACCACUAAGGAGGAAGCUUUGAAGAGGCUGCAAGAUAUGCUGUGUCCAGAGAAUGCCCACAAGCCCGUAGAAACAGCCGCGGAAGAACUGGAACAGUUUAUCAAGACUAUGGACAUGACUUUACAGGUCCUCCAGAAAUCCAUAAAGACCAUGGAAGGGAAUAGCUGUGUCCUUACACAGGUUCAGGGCAAGUAGAGGAAACCUGUUCCUUCCUGAAUGACAGUCAGCUGGAGUUCUCCAUGUUUCCAUGAUACUGUGCUGAUACUACAUGCCCGGUUAGUAUACUCGGAUGUUAGAACCCAAGGGCAGAGUCAUUGCCUGGCAAACCAGCUACCUGUAGUUUCUGCUUUGUUAAAAGAAAAAGGAACAGCCAAAGCCCCCGUGCUGUAGCAGCGACUAAGUAGAAUGCCCUGCUGUAAGUGUGGAGGCAGCAUUUCCCUCCGAGCCAGUCCUAAGUCAGUUGUUGCUCUUAGAGCGUAAUUAAAGCCACUGAUCUCUCCUCUUCACAAGUGUGCCUCAGUUGCAGCAGUGCAAAGUCCAGGUAAGUGUUGGCAUUAUCAUAUGGUAAGCUAAAAGUCGUGACUGUUCGUGCUCAGGAAACAUACAAACCAUGUUGUCAUUCAGACUGACAUAGGCUGAUCGGGGAGUCUCAUGGUCAUCUUGUUGGGAUUUCAAGGUUCCUGCAUCCUGGGACAAAAAGCUGGACAGAGAAAUCUGCAGUGCUGCAGAAAUAUAGUUUAUUAAGAAAGACUGUACUUGGGGUUGGGGAUUUGGCUCAGUGGUAGAGAGCUUGCCUAGCAAACGCAAGGCCCUGGGUUCGGUCCCCAGCUCCGAAAAAAAGAAAA